CAAAACAAGAUUAAUUUCAAGUAUAACCACCAUGGACUCUCUCUCUUCAUCCUUUCUCCCCACAUUCCCAACACACUCCAAAAACAGCCACCCCACCACCGCUAAAACCCCAACUUUCCCAAAAAUCUCAUCAGUCCAAAUCGAGGACAAGCCACGCGCCACCACCACCAAAACCCCGCCGCAUCAGCCACUGAUCAAAAAAGCUCCACCACCCACCUACAGCAGAGCCCCACCGCGAAAGCCGCCGCCGUCUCUCCCGGCAAGCAUAUUCAACGCCGCCGACAGUUUCAUCAACGCAUUCAUCGAUCCUCCGGUCAAGCCCUCCGUCGACCCGCGCCACGUCCUCUCCGACAACUUCGCCCCCGUCGACGAGCUCCCCCCCACCGAGUGCCACGUGGCGGAGGGCGCCCUCCCCCCCUCCCUCGACGGCGCCUACAUCCGCAACGGCCCCAACCCCCAAUUCCUGCCCCGCGGGCCCUACCACCUCUUCGACGGCGACGGCAUGCUCCACGCCCUCACAAUCUCCAACGGCCGCGCCACCCUCUGCAGCCGCUACGUCAAGACCUACAAAUACAAAAUCGAGCGGGAGAGAGGCUUCCCCGUCAUCCCCAACGUCUUCUCCGGCUUCAACGGCCUCUCCGCCUCCGCCGCGCGCGGCGCCGUCACGGCGGCGCGCUUAAUUUCCGGCCAAUUCAAUCCGGCUAACGGCAUUGGCCUCGCCAACACGAGCCUAGCUCUGAUCGGAAACCGCCUCCACGCGCUAGGCGAAUCGGAUCUGCCUUACUCUGUCAAAAUCGACAAAAACGGCGAAAUUCACACGCUCGGCCGCCAUGAUUUCGACGGGAAGCUUUUCAUGAGCAUGACGGCGCAUCCGAAAACAGAUCACGAAACCGGUGAGACAUUCGCGUUCCGGUACGGUCCGGCGCCACCGUUCCUCACCUAUUUCAGGAUCGACGCGAACGGCGAGAAGCAGCCGGAUGUGCCGAUUUUCUCCAUGACGAGCCCUAGCUUUCUGCACGAUUUCGCGAUCACGAAGAAAUACGCAAUUUUCAACGAGAUUCAGCUCGGGAUGAAUCCGAUGGAGAUGGUGGCCGGCGGAUCUCCGGUGGCGGCGAACCCUAGGAAAGUGCCGAGGGUCGGAAUUCUGCCGAGGUACGCCACGGAUGAGUCGGAAAUGCGGUGGUUUGAGGUGUCGGGGUUCAAUACGGUCCACGCGAUCAACGCGUGGGAAGAAGACGGCGGCGACACCGUCGUGGUGGUGGCGCCGAACAUACUCUCGGUGGAGCACACGCUAGAGAGGCUGGAUCUCAUCCACGCGUCGGUCGAGAAGCUCAAAAUCAAUCUUAAAAACGGCACCGUUUCACGCCACCCUCUCUCCACCAGAAAUUUGGAUUUUGGGGUCAUCAAUCCAUCUUACAUUGCCAGGAAAAACAAAUACGUAUACGCUGCCGUAGGAGACCCAAUGCCGAAGGUAUCAGGGAUAGUGAAGCUGGACGUGUCAGUGACGGAGGAGGAUCGUCGCGAUUGUAUAGUGGGGAGCCGGAUGUUCGGCCCGGGCUGCUUUGCUGGGGAGCCAUUUUUUGUGGCCCGGGAGCCUGAGAAUCCUAAUGCGGACGAGGACGAGGACGACGGAUAUGUGGUAACUUACGUCCAUGAUGAGAAUAAAGGGGAAUCGCAAUUUUUGGUGAUGGAUGCCAAGUCUCCUACUCUAGCCACGGUGGCUGCCGUUAGGUUGCCCCGCCGCGUGCCCUAUGGCUUCCACGGCCUUUUUGUCCGUGAAAGCGACCUUAAUAAGUUGUGAUUUUACUAAUUAGGUCGAUUUAUGAGGCCGGUAAAUAUUGAAUUUUCAUAGUUCAAGAUUAAAAAAGAUGCAUAUAAUACUUAAAAUGUUGUGAAGAUUUAUAAGUCGUUAUAGAUGUAUAAAUUCAGUUGA